CUUGCACAGCAGGCUUUCCAAUCAUCUUGGUCCCAAGCUUGGAGACGAGGCUGAAGUUCUAUAAAUAGCAUGCAAAUUAAGUAUCAAAUAUGUGAACCAAAGCCCAAUUAACAUCUGCUGUAAAACACAAACAAACAAACAAACAAAAAUGAGUUUUCUUGCAGGGAGAUUAGCAGGUACUGAGGGUGCUUAUUUCUUACAGGAAUCCAAAUAUGCCGUCGGCCGUCUGGUUCAGAAGAAGAAGCUCCCUUCUUCUCCUUCGGAAGCUCACCCGAAAUCUUCUCCAUUGGAGGACGAAGCCCAAGCUGACGUUCUUCCCGAGGUUCUCAGACACUCUCUCCCUUCAAAGAUCUUCGAACAGCCCUUGGAUUCUUCUCUUUCCACAGCUUCUAAAUGGGUUCUUCCUGCUGAUCCUAAUAAGGCUGCUUCUGUCUCUGCCGAUGCUAUGAACCCUCUACGAGCUUACCUUUCUAUGCCUCAGGUCACUUUUGGCGCCAAAAGGUGGGAGUUGCCCAAUGUGGAACAUUCAGUUUUAGCCUCUACGGCAAAUGAAUUGAGGCAUGAUAGGUACGCCCAUGUUAACCCUGAGAAGUUGAAGGCUGCAGCUGAAGGGCUUUCACAAGUUGGAAAGGCACUUGCUAUUGCUACUACAAUUGUCUUUGGUGGAGCCACUUUGGCAUUUGGACUAACAGCUUCCAAGCUAGAGUUGCACAAUAGUGAUGAUAUCAGAACCAAAGGAAGAGACCUUGUUCAACCCAAAUUUGAGAUGGUUAGGGAGCAAUUGUUACCUGUUCGAGUCUGGGUGGAAAACAUGUCACAAAAAUGGCAUUUCAAAAAGGAGGAAGAAAUUAAAGAGAAGCCUUUUAUCAAAGAACUUUCUAGGAUACUGGGUGCAAAGUCAUCAAAUUAAUUUGCAUGGGGAUGAAUUAUACAUGUUUUCUGAAAGAACUUAGGCUAUGUUUGUUUUGAAGGAAAAGGUAGGGAAAGGUAGGAAAACCUAUACAAGGUUUGUAAAGGUUUCUUUAACUUCCCCUUCCUUUCCCUAUUCCUUCAAACCGAACACAGCUUUAGUGUAAUAUAUAUGUAGUAUGAGAAACUGUAUUUUUCCCUUAUUGUUUUUUUUUUUUUUUCAGAGUGAUCAUUAUAUACCUUUAUCAGGAUAUUGUAUAUAUGAAAAUAGCAAGGCCACGAGGACAUCACCGUGGAAAAAAUUUGGCAGUCUACCUUUAACAGCCUGUGUAUUCCAUUUUCAGCUUGGACAUGUUGUGAGGUCGAUGUAAGGAGCGCCGUGUGAGGAGAAGAUCCAAACUUGUAUUUUCAGGGGCUGUGGUGUCAGUCAACCAUUGAGUUGAGUCAUGGCUCAUUGCAAUGGAAACUCAUGAUUUAUGUGCAA